CGGGUUGCGGAAACGACGCAACGACGGCUGCGGUGCUGUGUGCGGUUCUAUGUCAUGAUCCGAUGUCGUGUUCAUGCUGUCAGGCUUUACAACUGCAGUUUGUCUUUUGCGCUGAAUACUCACGUCUUGUUUGAGUGACUUUCAUAUUUUGUCAACAAUGACAUUUCCCGCUAGUCAUAAAACAGUAUUUGUGCUGGAUCACAGCCCCUAUUUCCUCACAUCAUGUCAACAACACAUCGAGUUCGACAUAUUCACUAAAACUAGACAACCAGGAAUUAUACCACUCGCUCCAAUAUCGAAAUCUCUGUGGACAUGUAGCGUAGAGGCUGCCAUUGAAUAUUGCCGUGUGGUGUGGGACAUUUUCCCCGCAAACAAGUUGGUGAGGUUUGUUGUCAGUGAUACCGCACCACGCUUCUUGAACUCGUGGUCACAGGAAGAUCAAAACAUGACCAACCUGAUGAGUUUAAUGGCACAACUGGGUCCACCAUCAGAAUCGGGGAACGCCAAAGAUUACAACGUACUGAACGGACUGACAGCGGCAGUUGAAGCUUUGUGUCAAUGCAGUGAAAUUCAGCACGAAUACCGGACAUCAUUAACUGAUACAGCUGGCAAAAUUGUAAACAGGGGCAGAAUCAUAUGUGUCACAUCUAUGAAGUCUGACUCUGAAAUCCGUGUUCUUGAAGAUCGUUUUUAUGAGGUUCUUGUUGCCCAGAACAAGCUAGCUGCCAGCUCAGACAGCCUGAUGUCAGUACACAAAUGCGAACUUGUGCUGAUUCACACUUGCCCGGUGAACAAGGAAUCCGAGAACACUCCAGUUAGCAAACGAAAUGUGGGAUCUCUACUCACCUGCGAAGUACACAAAGUGAGAUCUGGGCGAAACCUUGCGGCUAAACUGGGCUACCUGGUGCAGCUUCAUUACAACCUAGCUUCAACGACAGUAACUGGAAUACCCAUGAAAGAAGAACAGAAUGCCAAUUCAUCCGCAAAUUACGACGUUGAACUUCUACAUCCAUCUGGAGCACAUGCUGACCUCAUGAAGACAGGUUUCAGCAAUACCGAAGGCGUUCAUGUGUGCACAGUUAAAGAAGGACAAGCGUACGAGACGGUAACAUUGAAGUGGUGUACACCGCGUUCCAACAGUGUCGAACUUCAGUACUGCACCGGGGCCUACCGUAUAACUCCGGUCGACAUCAACAGUCGGCCGUCGUCUUGUCUCACCAAUUUCCUUCUGAGUGGGCGUGCAGUGAUGCUGGAGAUGCCCAGGAAGGUUGGAUCUAAGAUCAUGUCUCAUAUGCUUGCCAGUCAUGGGGGAGAAAUAUGCAUUCACACUUUAGGAACUGGACGGUCCACGCUUGAGGACCCACCUUCCAUAAGUGAGGGCUGUGGUGGAAGAGUAACAGACUACAGGAUCAAUGAUUUUGGUGAAUUCAUGAAGGAGAACAAGCUUUUGCCAUAUCGGCCGAAGGAAAAUGACCGUCACGAGCCACCUAUUGAGCGGACCAAGAAGCGACUGUAUCGCCUCACUCAGUACUGGCCGAUGGUAAUAAGCCACACAACAAUCUUCAACAUGGCAUCUCAGCUUGACCCUCUCCUAACACUGAUUACUAAAGAAGUGUUAUCUCAGGAAGAAGUGGUUGAGUGCAAAAAGGUAGUUUACCAGUUGGUUACUAUGGAAAACAAAGGGACGUCCCUCCCAGUGCCAACGAUAGGAAUGAGGGGUAAAGGACCAAAACGUGAGGAGCAGUAUCGCACAAUGUGGAAUGAGCUAGAGAACUAUGUCAGGAUGCACUGCGUUACUGCAGAGCACAACAUUGUGUUGGAUUGCCUGUUAGAAUGUCGAAAACCAUUGGAUGCAGAGUCGAGCAACCAGAAGGGCAAUGCUACUGCCCCGGUGAAGAAAGCACAAGAAAAAGUACCAGAGAAAGGUGAAGGGAAGUGGUCAGAAGUGGACUUUGGGUGGAAGGAAAGCAAGAUUGGUGAGCAGGACCAGGAUAGGGUGCCUGCAGCCAAGAAAGCGCGCAUCAGCAACUUGGAAGAUGGAAUUCUUGGAAAUGUUUCUCUUCUUACACUGUGGAGGAACAAAGUGAAUGCUGAGAAUGCAAAACGACACGUUGAGUUUGCUGGAAGGCUAAAUGCUGAUGGCAAGGUCGCACAGUUGUACGCAAACCUCAACGUGGAAAGCGUAAAGACCGAAUGAACUGUAGCUGAUAUAGCUCUCCGUGUGCUUCAAAACUGUACGAGACACUACACCUGAAUACUAACGUUAAAACACCCAUUGGUUUGAGAAAGCUUUCAUGAACUUGGUGGCAGUGCGGUUAUAGAACAGUUUUACUUUAUGUGUCUCGUUCUGGCUUAACGAAGGGGAGAGAUGCAUAUGUGCAGAUAUCUUUUUUGACUGAUUUUUUAAGUGUUCCUGGUACAACUUAGAAUAAUUUUGAAAGGCAAGCUUAGUGCAGCCAGGAAAUCUGUGCAUCAUAGUUUUUAGGCUAUGGUAUCUCAUAUGAUUGCUCAAGUGUAGCAGACAGAAAACAAUAGGGUAAUCGUCAUUAAAUGAGACUAGCUGUGUGGCUGUUCUUUUUCAAAAUGCAGUCCUUGCUCAAGAAAUUAACGGUAAAGGUUUCUCAGAAAACAUUCAUAAAUCGUGGUUUUGAAUGAAUGGUAGAGAUAGCAAACAUCAUAACGCAAAGAGUACUCUACUGGACUUGGUAAGAGCCAUGCUUAAUUCUUGAAGAUAAAUUGCCUACUUUAAUGCGUGACUGGCGUUCCAUUUUUUUCUACCCUCUCUUCCUCUCUCGUCGAUUAGAGUAACAUUUUACAGCAGCCUUUUUAACACAAUAGCUGUCAGAGUCCCCACCAUCUCCGUAAACGCCUGACUAGGCCCGACGAAUCCCAGUGAGUACAGACUUCAAAAUAGCCAAAGGCUGCUUCUGCUUUGCGAAAUAUCUUGUUCAUCCCUGGCCGAUAGCGUUUGCUUUACUCCUCCUGACAUGGCUGUUCGAAAUUCCAGAGUCACCGCUGUGUACUCAUUCUUGCCUCAAAAAUCUGGGUCACUCCUCCUGGUACAUAACAGGUUUGACCUCGGUCAUCAUGCGCAGGUGGUGCUUUCUUAACUCUUGCUGGCCAAAAACACUUGGAUAUAUCAGGUUCAUCCCCAAAAAUGUGUCCGCUGCAGAUAUUGAGGUUUCAUAAAAUGAGGGUGAAAUGCAAGAGAGAUGUCUUGUUCAUAAGAAUAGCGGAUUUAUAAAUUACCCCAUGUAUUUUUCGGAAAUUUUCUCCCCCUGCUUCGGGAGAUACACCGUAUGCACAGUUUACUCUUGACACUGCAGAAACGAGAAGGUCAUACUUAUUAUGGAAAGAAAACAAUACAGAGCUUGUCUCGCUCAGAACUACACAAUAUGCUUCCUCAGUCAGGACAAGAAAAAACACUACUUGUUGGGUGAAGUCUGCUUUAAUUUCCCAUGUUGUCAUCGUUAUUCGUUUUGAAGAAUGCCAUUCUUUAGCCUAGAAACUUACCCAACAAGUAAACAUUUCCAUGCAGUUUCAAAACCAGUUGUUACAAUUAUGAACAUGCAUGUGCAAAAGUGAUGUCAGUCUUCAAUGUCAUCCACUGAAGAUGUGUCUUCACUGCAAAAACAAAAGAUUCACGUAUCAUAUGAAGGAGGCCACGUGACAAUGGAAUCCAGUUAACAAUAAAAUCCUACAAAAAGUU